AAGGGUGGGCCGUGUGACGGGCGCGGGGCGUGGCAUCUCCUCGCUCCGCCCCAAAUGACCAGGUGGGAGGGGCGCCGAGCCAGCAGCCUUUUAAAGGGGGCGGCGUUGCGCGCAUGGCUCAGUGGUCGCCCAGCAAUGGUCGUGCGGGAGAAGGUGGUGCUGGUGUUGAGAUUACUGUGCGUCACGCCGGCCGUCACCGUGAUCUGAGCAGCCAUGGAGCACAAGGGCCUCGACCCCACCAACGUGUAUUGAGCGUCCCCUCCCACCGGGCCUCCCGCUCGUCCUCCCAUCCGUCUUCACCACUACUGACGACGACACUGUACCUUCUUGCCUCGCAUUGGCCACCAGCACGUCACCGCCUAGUUACCUUCACCACACGCAGCUACACGCUCCAUUUACCAUGAGUUUCGCUCUGGAUCCCCUCGACCCCACGGGUAUAUACUGAUGGAGGAGCGGACAGUUCAGUCCCAGCCAUGGCCUUGCGCACUUCCCCAGCGCUCUUGGCCCUGCUGGCUCUUCAUGCCAUAUUGGUUCACCCCUCCCUGGCCCUCCUCCAGAUCCUCCAGGAUAGUAACAUCGUCGAUGAGAAUAACCUGGAGGAGGGGAUGCCCCAGCCCCUCUCCCUCACCGACGCAGUGUACCUCUUCCAGCGUCUUCAGGAGGAGAGGCAGAAUAGCCAUACAGAGGACUACACAGACCAUCAUGGGGACCCGAGGCUCAUAGGCAUCACUGACGGCGGUCUCUACAGGGGCGAGCUCAUGGUCUACCUUCCAGUCACAUUCCUUCUUCCGACAUUUGCCUUCCGAUCUCGUUACUCAAUGGCUGGGAAGAAGAAAUCUGGCUGGCUGAGCUUCCUGUGGGGCAAGAGUCAGUACCGGUCAUUCGGAGGCAGCGACGGAUACCUGCUGGACAUCCGCGGCCCGGUCGACAAGGUUCUGAGCAAUCAAGUGCGUUACGACCCCGACCUCGCAGAGUAUCGGACCAAUGGAGACUUUGGGCCGCUGUUGUCUCGCCUGGACGCUUACUUUCAUUAUCUAAAAGUCCACGAUGAUGACUGUCGCAUGAGGACCAUCUGUCAACUGGCUCGCGACCCCGCCACCUACUCUCCGCUCUCCCAUCUGGUGCUGUCCGCCCUAAAGAGGAGUGAGUCGUUGUCCCGCCCCCCUUCCUACAGCCGGGCGGUGUUCAGGUUCUUCCGCUACUACUGGGCGGCGGAGCGCGGGGCUGAGGGGGAGGACUGCUCCGCCACCUACCGCCACUGUGCAGCGGAGAUCGAGGACGUGGUGAACAUGAGCGUCCUCAACUUCUGGCAGCGACUCGCCUCUCUCGUCUCCAUCAAGCUGAGUGACGAGUGACGAUCGCUCGGAUGUCUUCCCUCCACCUGGAUCUCACCUCCAAUCCGGUGAAUUUGGAUUUUUGUGAUUUGAGGUGCUUCUUAGGUGCCUGGCCGACGUCGAAAUGCCCUCCUUGACGUCGCCAACCCCAGCUAGAUGUUCCCACGAGCCCCUUAAUAUCCUGUAGUGAUGCCUUUGGUCUAUUCUUAAACCCCAUCCUUCCCGUCGGUGUCUUGAGUGUCCCAAUGACGACGGUGUCCUCUCGUUCUCGUCUCCGGUGCCACACUGAUGCCGGUACCCCAUGGUGCUCCUUCUUACAAGUCUCCUGAAGCUACCAGAAUGUUACCAGUCACUCACUAGUGCCUGGAGGGAGCGGGCGGGUGAGCCGGGCCCCCCGCCCCCCCACCACAACUUGUUACCAGCAGUCGCUGCUCCCUUCACUGGCCCCUAUUCUCCCCUCUUUUCCCCUCCAGCGUCCCCUGUCUAUCGUUCCUUUAGGGUUCCUGCCCAAGUCAGAAGAGAUCACCUUAGCCACGGCUGAACCCUAGUUAUGUUUCCAAGCCCCGGCGGCCCGGAUUAUAUAUACAUAGAUAUUUUAAUUUUAAGUGGCUCCAGGCCCUCCCUCCAGCCCCAGGAGGACCCUCGAGCCCACCCUGGAUCUCCCCCACCCGGAGAGGUGUUCCCUUUGUGACGUGUUAACCUGUGAUAUAUUAGUUAAUUUUUUUGCUAUCUGAGUCGCCUGCAGCUGCUGACUUGCCCGGCCCCUUGACCCACCGACCUGACCUUCUGUGAUGGCUUCAGAUGACCCUUAACCUCAAAAUGUUAUUCCCAAAGAUCUGAAAACAAAUCUUAAGUGUAUUGCCUUGAUGUUAACUGACGUUUAACCACGCCUCCGACGCACACCUCGGCUUGCAAGGAUCAUCGCCCGUCCCUGUGCUGCCCCCGAGACCUUUACCACCCUGUGACCGGCUCCCUCCUGACCUUACGCACUGACCCAAUUCCCUGACACUGCUUCCAUGUGACCUCUGACUGACAGGCCAAACAGACCGGCAAUACAGCCUCCAUGCCACGCCCCCUGACCGCCAUGACUCCUGACCCAUGACCUUGGUGUUUUCAUAGUCACUGACCUUACUCCCUGAGCCCAUAUUGCUACUGACAUUAUACUAACCUAAACCCACUGACUGACUGACUUGUGGGUCACUUAAAUUACCUGACUUUCAUGUAGUGAGUGACUGACCGAGGGUGAUGGUUAUGGGUUACUUAGACUUACGAAUGAAGGAUUAAACGACUCUAUACUACAUUGUCUAUCGAUGAGUAACUGGCCUAUACAUGUUUACAGCCUAACACUGAAUGAAGCUACUACAGGACUUGUCUACAGAAGCCACACACGGACUGGUAACACUGACUCGUCCCUGUGCCAGAAUAUUUGAGUUACUGCCUCGCACUCUCACAGACUGAGAUGAUGAUUGAAACAUUUAUUUUGGCAUAUGAAAGUAAAUUCCUGCUGACUACUGACAACCAGACUAAACCCCAAAUUAUCUUCACUGACUCUUGACUAACUGACUGACACAUAGACGGACAUACAGACAAACGGAUUAACUGAGUGACUGACUGACUGACCCGGAGACCAAAAGACAGAGACAAUAGAUAAUGACUUACUGACUGAUUGACUGAACCAAAGGUAGCGAACAGGUCUCCCAGCUGAUCGCCUGCCUGACCCGUUUACUCGGCUAGUGACCUUUCCUCGCCUCGACAAUAUUGGGGUCACAUCUCACUGGUCUGACAUAAGUGACUGCAGACGAUGACCUCUCAGAGUGACCUCGAUUGUGUGUGUGUGUAUGUGUGUGUGUGUGUGUGUGUGUGUGUGUGUGUGUGUGUGUGUGUGUGUGUGUGUGUGUGUGUGUGUGUGUGUGUGUGUGUGUGUGUGUGUGUGUGUGUGUGUGUACCCUUUGACCUUUCAUUGUUUCAACAUACAAGGUGAAUAUUAGAUUUGUUAAUUAAUGACCCGUAUUGCAGAAAAUUUAGUACGAGAGAGAGCGAACGAGCUAGAGAGAGAGAGAGAGAGAGAGAGAGAGAGAGAGAGAGAGAGAGAGAGAGAGAGAGAGAGAGAGUAAUCUAUGACUCGUGUUGACAUUAACCACAACAGCUGACACAGACUUACAUUAUCUUGGGUUGCAAACGUAGUGGUUGAGUUUACCAAAUUAUUUAACAUAUGGACAAUCCACUUAACUUCUAUAGGACACAAGUAACCCCAUUUAUUUGACUUUACUAUUACUGGAGCUUUCAGUAGAAUAGGGAUAGGGAUAGAAUAGAGAUGUGACUAUAUAAAGUGUGUAUAAAGCAUUACUGACUAACUUUGAACCUGACUGACCUUACUGAGACUUGGCAUCUGAGCUGACGACGACCCAACGAGCCUCCUGACGUCAGCCCGGACACCACCACGCCCUGAAAUGGUGCAGACACAUAGAACAUUAGACUCACUGACCUUGACAGAACGAUAAAAAGGUCUUACAUAAUCUGCCUGACUAAGACUGGAACGGUAACUAUGCGACUACUAGACACGGUGACUGGAGUGUGCUUAAUCAGUUCAAACAUCUGGCUGAGCUUUUUCUGACAAUUAAACAGCUAUAGCUACCCUGAGGUGAAUGACGAGGAUAUGUACAAAUGUAUUUUAAUCCUAUACUGAUUGGACUGCACUUCUACCACAUGUAUUGACUGAGUGAAGUUUGACGUUCAGUUCGGUCAGUUGCUUGUUGUAGCUGCACUCACCUUACUCUUCCUCCUACUGAAUAGUUAAACAGUGUACAAACUUAAAAUGACAGACAAGUUUAUAUAGCAGAGACCUUGUUUAUAUAUUAUAUACUACGGAGUCCAAAUAUAAGAAACCCUCCUGAACUGACUUGUAUCAUUUACUGACAUCUUGACGGACAUGCAGACGGCGAUGGCCAAGUGAAUGUACCUGACUGAAAAACCAAUUAGGUGAAUGGAUUUUCGUCACAAUGGAAACGGUUUAUUAUACGUUACCUAACCAGUCACACUCAGUGCCCUUGAAGUCCCACUCACUCAAGAUUCCUUAGAGCUUGUGCUUAAUACUCUUAUACUUAUAUUUUACCAUACGUACCCCCCAAAAAUAUCAUGGAAUUUGAAUGGUCCCCAGACUAGUAAAAGAAGGCAACUCGUACUCCCAUCCCACCCCGAGUUCAUACCUGUGUUGGAUGUUACUUGGUUAGCUCGCACAAUAACCGAUCAGGACAAGAGAUGCAAGAGUUGAUGUUUCUCGACAGGCAUGACUUAGACCGCGAAGUGAGACGAGUCAUGAUGAUCAAAGUUGCGUGACAUGGGUAGUGAAACGACGGACAAACGGACUGACAAACAAGCCCAACCAUACAACCACCACCAACAUCAGCAGUAUUCAGACAACUACAACUACUGGCAAGGGAAGAAAAAGCCCUCCUGACAAUCUCCACUGACAGACCCAUUACCUGAGAGCCCCUCCCCCUGACACCCGCCACUUGACAGCAUGUUAGUGAAGGACUCUCAACGGCAGCCCCUUCCUUCUUGUGUCGCCGCGGCCCGCACACUAACGACGGCCGGGGCGGUGGAGGAGGAGGGUCGCGGCAGGCAGUAUACGGCAGGCGGCUCGGUUUGCUACAACAGGCCGGUGUUAAUGGACCUUAGGAACUUGUGCGCAUGGAUCGGCCGAGUGAAAUAUCUUAGAAUGUCGACUGGAAACUGCACUCACUGAUAACUAGACGCUUUUUUGUGUGAUUAGUUUUUUUUUUUUAUUGAGUGAUGUUAGUUAUUGUUUUUGUUAUUUUUUACAGUUAUUAUUACUACUAGUAUUGAAACACUGUCCUCUUCAUCCAUUACCAUACAGAUUAUUAUUAUUAUUAUUGUUAUUAUUUUUUAUUACUUCAUGUUCUCACGAUUAUCAGUGCCUAGGUCUUGGUUACUUAGGUUGAUAUUAUAAGACACUCGCUCCUCACAUCAACUAUUUCUAAAGCUCAAAGAGGGGAUUAAUUGAGUUUUUAUGAGUGUUUCUUUAGGUUCACGGUACAGAGGAAGGGUCACACUACCACCAGGGUCAUAAAACUACCCCUGGAAAUGCCCACAACUCCUACGAAAGCCUUGUCAAAUAUGUGUUCUUGGGCGGCGGAAUGUCUUAUAAUAUAACCUUUAGCCUCGUAUUCGGCGAUCCUGCAAUCUAAGCCUCUAAGGUCCAACGUCCAGGCUUGUACCACGUGUCAAAGUCCCUACGUACUAUGUAAAUCAAAUAUAACUUGUUAUUUUCAGAGACUAUGGAUGCUCGGUGUAUUUUUGUAGCAGAUUAAAUAUGGCGGGUGUUGUUACUGUAGUGAAGGCAGAGAUUGAGGGAGGUGCGGCGGGGGCGUGGCUGUGGACUCGGGCCGGCGGGGAGGGAAGCGGAGGAAAGAUGGUCACACUUUUAUUUUCCCAUAAUUGUUGAUACAGGAUGUAGUCACUGUCUUGAUUGUUGUUAUUGUUGUUUUAGUUAUAGGGAACGAACAGGGCACUCCCGCGAUCAGUGCAUCACUGAUCGCGGGGCACAGUUAUCGACAGCCUGGAGCGGACACCAACUGAAGGCCUACCAAGACGGAUAUUUUCAGUUUUACGUAAUCCAAAUGGUCCGUUUCCAAGGCUAGAUAUUUUAUGGUAUGUGCUGCCCUGAAAACCAGUGUUAGGAAGGGUAUUCAGACGAGUCCUCGCUCUGACAGACCCAAAAGGCCAGGGUCACCAGUCUUCAAGUUACCCCGCUUAGGACCAUCUGAAUCGCUUCCCUCCCCGCCGGUCUGUCUGUCUGUCCGUCCACGCGCCUCGCCGCAUCUCCCCACGGCUAUGGCUUACACAUGACCUGUCUCUCAAUAGCGUUAAAUAAUAGCCGUGUGUGUUGUAAGGUUCUGUUGAGGCGGCGCCCAGAAUUGAAGAAAAUAAAGAUGACAUGAGAAAGAAA